AGCCCCCCGGAGUUCAGAGGUCGGCCAGGGACUUUGUCCUCCCAGGAGGAGGGUGAGGAGAUCUCGUAGUGCUCCAGGCAGAAGGCCCCAGGAGCUCACCCUCUGCCUGCCCUGCAGGAUGCUGCAGCUGAGCCUGUCCUGGCUGGGACUGGGGCCGCUGGCAGCCUCCCCGUGGCUACUCCUGCUGCUGCUGCUGGGAGCCUCCUGGUUCCUGGCCCGCGUCCUGGCAAAGAUCUAUACCAUGUAUGACAACUCUCUUCGCCUCCGAUGUUUCCCGCAGCCCCCAAAGCGGAACUGGUUUUGGGGUCACCUGGGCAUGGCGAAGAGCAAUGAGGAGGGCUUGCGGAUGAUAGAGGAACUGGGCCACUACUUCCGUGACGUCCAUCUCUGGUGGAUUGGGCCGCUCUACCCCGUCCUGCGGCUCGUUCACCCUAAGUUUGUUGCCCCCGUGCUCCAGGCCCCAGCUGCCGUCGCCCCCAAGGACAUGGUCUUCUACAGCUUCAUGAAGCCCUGGCUGGGGGAUGGGCUUCUGCUGAGUGCUGGUGACAAGUGGAGCCACCACCGCCGCCUGCUGACUCCCGCCUUCCACUUCAACAUCCUGAAGCCCUACAUGAAGAUUUUCAACGACAGCGUGAAUAUCAUGCACGCCAAGUGGAAGCGCCUGGCCUCAGAGGGCAGCACCCGUCUGGACAUGUUUGAGCACAUCAGCCUCAUGACCCUGGACAGUCUGCAGAAAUGUGUCUUCAGUUUUGACAGCAAGUGCCAGGAGUAUCCCAGCGAAUAUAUUGCCGCCAUCUUGGAGCUCAGUGCCCUGGUGACGAAGCGGGCGCAGCAGAUAUUCUUGCACCUGGAUUUCCUGUACUACCUCACCCCCGACGGGUGGCGCUUCCGCAGGGCUUGUGAACUGGUGCACAAGUUCACAGACGCCGUCAUCCAGGAGCGGCGGCGCAUCCUCGUUAGUCAGGGUUCUCAUGCCUUUCUCAAAGCCAAGGCUAAGACCAAGACUCUGGACUUCAUUGAUGUGCUCCUGCUGGCCAAGGAUGAAAAUGGGAAGGGACUGUCAGAUGAGGACAUCCGAGCUGAGGCUGAUACCUUCAUGUUUGAGGGCCAUGACACCACAGCCAGCGGCCUCUCCUGGGUCCUGUACAACCUCGCAAGGCACCCAGAAUACCAGGAGCGCUGCCGGCAGGAGGUGCAACAACUCCUGGGGGACCGCGAGCCUCAAGAGAUUGAAUGGGACGACCUGGCCCAGCUGCCCUUCCUGACCAUGUGCAUCAAGGAGAGCCUGCGCCUGCACCCCCCGGUCACCGUCAUCUCCCGCUGCUGCACCCAGGACGUCUUGCUCCCCGAUGGCCGGGUCAUCCCCAAAGGAAACAUCUGUAUCAUCAGCAUCUUCGGGGUUCAUCACAACCCGUCAGUCUGGCCGGACCCCGAGGUGUACAACCCCUUCCGCUUCGACCCAGACACACCCCAGAAGAGGUCGCCUCUGGCAUUUAUUCCCUUCUCCGUGGGGCCCAGGAACUGCAUCGGGCAGACGUUCGCCAUGGCCGAGAUGAAGGUGGUCCUGGCGCUCACGCUGCUGCGCUUCCGCGUCCUGUGCGACCAGGCGGAGCCGCGCAGGAAGCCCGAGCUCAUCCUGCGCGCGGAGGGCGGCCUGUGGCUGCGGGUGGAGCCGCUGAGCGCCGGCCCACAGUGACCCUGCGCUGUCUGGCCCGGGAGCCCACCCAGACCCUACACACCUCCCCUUGCAGGUUCCCAGGGAAAAAAACUGUGCUGUCACCUCUGCUUCAGCCUCACUGAGUCUGCAGCGGGCGCUGGGGCCUGCGGGGACCCAGGGAGCGGGUGAGGCUGGGUGGAGGGGUCUGGGGUCUCCAGCCGACCACAGGGCCCACACUAAUCGCGGGCUCUCCCUGAGCCCAAGCACGGACUUUAUAGCCUGGGUAGAGGGGAGCCAUGGGAGGUGAUUGAGCAGGAAGGAACCAGGUUGAAGGACGGAUCUAAGGGGCACAUUUGAGGCCCUGAGUCACACAGGAGAACCCAACGUGACGCUACACACACUGGCCACCCUGACCUCAGUUCUGAUCUCCUAACAUACCCAGUCUUUUCUCACCUCAGAAUCCUUCCCAAUGUUCCUAUGGUUACCCUGUUACAAUGUUUACUUAAACAUGACAAGCCUGAUUGCCUUAUA